AUGUCGAACCGUUAUUCGGUCUUCUCCACGCAGUCCGCGGGUCUCUCCGCCGGACCCAGACCACAACAUGGAACUCAGGUCUCAACAACAACAUUAUUGAAUGCUCUCCAUUCUUUUUAUACUGCGGGUCAACCAUAUCAACUAGACUCAGCAACGAGCUUGGUUGUGAAUACAUGGGUGACCGCAGCAACCACUUUACCCGAUGGGCGAACUGGCGCCACGGUCGACCGUGACCUGGCUAUCAGAGCUUGGGAACAUGCUCGACGCCGGGCCGAGGAUGGCUGUGUUGUGCUAGGCGCUCUCCAUCAAUCCACACCCUCAUUGCUAGAACCGUUUAUCGCGGCGAUCCCAGUGGAAACACCCGAGAUAGCUCUGAUCGCGCUCUCCGCUCUACGACCCUUCCUCACUGCUGUCACCUCGUUCAACCCAUCCUACUUUCUUCAUUCGGCUUUGGCCGCCACUUACACCUUAUCUUUGCAAGGAUCUGUCGUUGGCCUCUCCCUGGCCUUGUCCACCUCCGGCAUCAAUGUGCGCAAGGGUCUUCUGGAAAUCCAGCCCGACACCGGCUACCGUGCAUUUGAUGCCUUCUACUAUCUCCUCACCUCUUCAUCGACAGCUGCGGAGCGUGAAUUUUUGGACUUGAAAGACCCCGCUGCGUAUACGUUGCUCAACCGAUCAAAUACAUAUGAUCCUCCACACUAUCUACCCACAGCCGACGAUGCUGCUGCAGCAGAAGACUUCCGUGCUUCCUUGAAAGCCAUUGGCAUCAAAGGUGCUGCUCAGCGAGGUUUGCUAUCAGUCCUUGCUGGUCUCCUUAAGCUCGGCAAUGCAGUCGGGUUCGAGGUGGACCAGGAAGAGCUAGAAGAGGUCUGCGAGGAUGCUGGGGGUCUUCUGGGAAUUGAUCCAGAAAUUCUUCUUCAUACAUGCUCCACUGAUGAGCGGGAAGUGCUGAUCGCCGGGAUAUACGAGGCGCUGGUCGAUUGGGUCAUCGGCAAAGCAAAUGAGGCCAUCACAGCUGACAUUCAGGUUGCAUUGGAAAAUGAUUCUAGCAACGGGGGUGCAGCACAAUGGUCAAGCGACGACACAGUCAACCUGACUGUAAUCGAUAUUCCACGACCGGCCCUCGGCAAAGCGAUCAUGAUGAGAGGCAUCUUCGAUGAUAGUCUCGGUCUCAACGCUGAAAUGAAGGAUGAUGGAAUUCCUCUCCCUUCCAUCGGAGCUUCUGUCAUUAGUGAGAUGAACUCUGCAGUGACCCAGGUCGAACCAGACCUCAAUAUCACCACAGGCCUUGCCGGGCGAGAACGCGAACACGAUCUCGACAAGCGGCAGGGGGUACUGGAAAAGAUUGGCGUCGAACUUGAGAUGGACGCUUUUCUGCGACGCAUUCUAUUCCCUGUUGAUACCGAAGGUAUCUCGGUGGGAAAACGCGGCCGGUUCGAUCUUGCCACUACGCUCAACAGUAGCCGUGUCUGGUACCACCUCUCUCUCCAUCCGACUGAUGACAUGCCGGAGCAGCUCGCGUCAUCGGCACCUACAGCGUGGUCUGCCGGUGCAGUCUCCCGCCAAUUACGAGACUGGCGACUCCCGGAAUGGGCCAACCGUCGUUUGAAGCAACUCGAUUUCACCGCCGAUUUCGACGUGGAAGAGUUUGUCGGUCGGUAUGCACGACUCGGUUGCGCCGAGGGCCAGGAUGGUGUUGAAAACUGGAUCAUCGAGAGAGGAUGGAGCAAUGGCGAUGCGGUCGUCGGUGAACAGCGCGUAUGGAUGCGCGAGGGGGCAUGGUGGGAAGCAGAGAGUAUGCUGGAUCUCAAGCCAGAAGAAACCCAUGUGAAUCCCUUCAUGUACGGCCCUGCGUUGUACGAGGCCGGCUUCACCCCAGAAGGCACUGCCAUCCAGGAAAAUUCCAACCUUCUUGGCAUGCCACCUGGCGGGGCCAUAGCCCCGAGUGUGAUGGGCGGUGCGAAGUCCAUUGCGCCCAGUGCACCAUUCACCAACGCUGCCAAUGCCGGUGACUACGGCCUGGGUCGGAAAGGUGAUGACAAGAAAGGAGACAUUGCAUACUACGACGAAUAUGGCCGGUACAUCGGCGAAUUCGAUCCUGAGUUUGGUGAUCCCAAGCACAUUGAGAAGAAAACCAUUACCUGGAGCCGUCGACUCUGGGCUGGUUUCGUCUGGGCGAUGACCUUCUGGAUUCCUUCCUUCGUGCUUCGAUACGUUGGCCGCAUGAAACGCCCAGAUGUCCGCCUAGCCUGGCGAGAAAAGCUCGUCCUUGUAUUUUUGAUUCUGCUGUUCAACGGAAUUGUCUGCUUCUAUAUCAUCGCCUUCGGCGACCUUCUCUGUCCCAACAAGAACAAAGUCUGGAAUCAGAAGGAGGUUGGCUGGCACACAGAUGAUAAUAAUUUCUUUGUCGGUAUCCACGGCCGUGUUUACGACAUCAGCAAGUUCUGGCGCACGCAGCACAGUGACAUGACUGGAUAUGAGACAAACACGGACAACAUGCGCCCAUUUGGAGGACAGAUUCUUGACGACUAUUUCCCCCCUCCUCUUAACCGCUAUUGUGCCCCACUUGUUAAGUCUGAUACGAUCACCUUGAGGCACAACAAGACAGACGCUAUCGAAUAUCCUAUGGCCGAGCACAAAUCGGGGAAACAGUCAUUAGUCCCCGACACAGCACUCCACAAGGCCACCUGGUAUGAAAAUAAAUUCUUGCCAAAGAUCGGUACAUACUACAAGGGCGACCUGGUUUGGACAAGGGAUACCAUCAAGAAGCAGGCAGACGCAGAUUCUCGCUACUGGGUUAUCAAGGACCAAAAGGUGUACGACUUGACGGACUACUUCCAUACAUUAAAAGAGAUGAACAAUCUCGACCAAUACAACUGGCUACCGGCAUCUGUGACUACUCUCUUCAAGAACAACAUGGGCGAGGAUGUCACCGACAAAUGGCAGGACACAGUGGACUUCAGGGAUGCCCAAACAUGUCUCGACUUUGUCUUCUACAAGGGCAAGGUUGAUUUCCGCGACAGUGCACGAUGCACAGUCAACAACUGGAUCCUGCUCACCUUCACCAUUCUCAUCUGCAUUGUCAUCCUAGUCAAAUUCCUGGCAGCUCUGCAGCUGGGGUCCAAACGUCGGCCCGCGCCUCAGGACAAAUUCGUCAUCUGCAUGGUUCCCGCAUACACUGAGGGCGAGAACGAUCUCCGAAAAGGUCUUGAUUCUCUGACUGCCUUGCAGUACGACAACAAGAGAAAGCUGAUCUUUGUCAUCUGUGAUGGUAUGAUUGUUGGUGGCGGAAAUGACCGCCCCACCCCCAAGAUCGUUCUGGACAUUCUCGGGGUUGAUCCUAAGAUGGACCCGCCGGCACUGCCAUGCAAAUCUCUCGGUCAAGGAAGUGAGCAGCUGAACUACGGCAAGGUUUACUCUGGUCUCUAUGAGUAUGAAGGCAAUGUCGUGCCCUACAUUGUGGUCGUCAAAGUUGGCAAGGAAUCCGAGCAGCGCAAGUCCAAACCUGGCAAUCGUGGCAAGCGAGACACGCAGGUCCUUCUUAUGCAAUUCUUGAACCGCGUCCAUCACCGCUCACCUAUGUCACCCCUUGAACUCGAAAUGUUCCACCAAAUCAACAAUGUCAUCGGUGUGGAUCCAGAGCUGUAUGAGUACUGUCUCAUGGUAGACGCAGAUACCACUGUCAGGGAGGAUUCUCUGAAUCGUUUGGUCGCUGCGUGUGCAGCAGAUGCCAAGAUCGCCGGCAUUUGCGGCGAGACUAGUCUUCAGAACGAGGAACGUAGUUGGUGGACGAUGAUUCAGGUUUACGAAUACUACAUCUCGCAUCACCUGGCUAAGGCGUUUGAGUCGCUCUUCGGCAGUGUUACCUGUCUUCCUGGAUGUUUCACCAUGUACCGCCUUCGAACUGCAGACAAAGGACGUCCUCUGAUCAUCUCGGACAAAGUCAUUCACGAUUACGCUGACAAUGAUGUUGACACCCUCCACAAGAAGAACCUCCUCUCUCUUGGUGAGGAUCGGUACCUGACGACCAUCAUGACCAAACACUUCCCGUCGAUGUCAUACAAGUUUAUUCCUGAUGCCUACGCAAGCACAGCCGCCCCUGAGACCUGGAGUGUGCUUAUGUCGCAGAGACGCCGCUGGAUCAACUCCACAAUUCACAACCUGGUUGAACUGGCAGCUUUGGAAGACCUGUGCGGUUUCUGCUGUUUCAGUAUGCGUUUCGUCGUUCUUGUCGAUUUGGUGGGAACCCUGAUCCUUCCUGCGACCUGCGUAUACCUCACCUACCUGAUCUACCUAGUUGCUAGCAAUACUGGUCCCUUCCCUAUGAUCUCGAUUAUUAUGCUGGCUGGUGUAUAUGGUCUGCAAGCGAUCAUCUUCAUUGUCAAACGGCAGUGGCAACACAUUGGAUGGAUGAUCAUCUACCUUCUUGCGUACCCGAUCUACAACUUCAUCCUGCCGCUGUAUGCCUUCUGGAAACAGGACGAUUUCGGAUGGGGUACCACCCGUGUCGUCAUUGGCGAGAAGGGCGACAAGCGAGUCAUCGCUGUAGAAGAUGAGCCCUUUGAACCACGCAGCAUCCCACUCCAGCGCUGGGAUGACUAUGCCAUGGCCAAUAACCUCCCUGGCCGCCGCGGCGACCUCACGGCUAGCCAGGAGAAGAUAUACGCCACUGGCCGGUACGACGACAUGGCUAUGGAGAUGGAUGACCUGCACUCACAGUACUCAUCCGUCAAGCCAGCCUCCACCAUUCUAACCGGAUUCCCGGGCCACGGCCGCCACCAACCUUACAUGCCCCCACAGUCGCCCGCACCCUUCGUCGGCGGCAACAUUCCCGGCAACCGCAACUCGCACAUGUCAAACUUCUCCCGCUACACGGAUAUGCCGCAGAUGAGCGCUCACAUGGGUGGCCACUCUGCCCAGGCUUCCCGGCACAUGUCCAUGGGUGGCCUCAGCGCUUACCAGGACAACCAGAUGGCCUCGAGCAGACACAGCCUCGGCAUGAUGCAGAGCAGCGAUAACCUCCUCGGCAAUGCUGGCUCUCGCAGCCCCCUGCCUCAGUACCCCUCUCGACCCGCCAGCACCGCCUUUGAUUUCCGUGCUGGCAGUGGGCCCGAUGAGCUUGCCAUCACCGAGGCAAUCCGCAGCUGCCUGGCCGAGGUUGAUUUAGAUACUGUCACCAAAAAGCAGGUCCGCGUUCUCGUCGAACAACGCCUGCAAACCUCGCUCACGGGCGACAAGCGAGCCUUCCUAGACCGACAGAUCGACCAGGAAUUGGCUAACAUGUGA